GAUUAAUCUUGAUCACUGACUUUUAUUUACGCAUCAGCCUCAUCUCUUUCAAACUUUUUAUUCCAUCCCCAGAUUUUAGACAGAGAGAGAAAGAGAUGGCCCGUACCAAGCAAACUGCUCGUAAAUCCACUGGUGGAAAAGCUCCCAGGAAGCAACUUGCUACCAAGGCUGCCCGUAAGUCUGCACCAACCACUGGUGGAGUCAAGAAACCUCACCGUUACCGCCCUGGAACUGUUGCUCUCCGUGAAAUUCGGAAGUACCAAAAGAGUACUGAGCUCUUGAUCAGGAAGCUGCCUUUCCAAAGGCUUGUUCGUGAAAUUGCCCAGGACUUCAAGACUGAUCUUCGUUUCCAGAGCCAUGCUGUUUUGGCUCUUCAGGAGGCUGCUGAGGCUUACCUCGUGGGUCUCUUUGAGGACACAAACUUGUGUGCCAUCCAUGCCAAGCGUGUGACCAUCAUGCCCAAAGAUAUCCAACUGGCUCGCAGGAUCAGGGGUGAGCGUGCUUAGGCAUGCUUGUGUUGGAGUCAUGUAGUGAUAGUAGUACCUGUUUUAAUAUGCAUUAGGACUUCCCAAACUGCUGGCUUGUGUGCCAUAAUGGGGAUUGUUUGGUUUAUGGUAUGAAAGGAUUAUUUGAAUGUUGCUGUGUUUAUUUUGCUGUCAAGUUACAACUUAGGUUUCUUGUCACACCGCUGGUGUUUGAACAAUAUAUUGUAUUUGCAUUGCAAGUAGUGAAUUCGUUUCCUAGUGCA